UUAAAUUGUCAGGUUUGACACAUGACGUUUUACAUAACCUCAAAAAUUGUUUUAAAAGAUUUCAUCUUAUUUAAUAAAGUGUUUUUUAUAUUAUGGUUGGAUUAAAACAUCUUUUUAAAAAAAAUUAAACGUCUCCAAAAAUGUAUCGCAAUUUAAUUCGACCUGCAAGAUGUGCAUCAAAUCAAAUUCUACCAAGGUUGUGUCCUCAACUUGUUCAAUUUGCAAUCACCACCAAGGCCCCUGAGCUAGAAAUAGAAGGUACAACUCCACAGCCAAAACGUAAAACUGCAAUUAUUCCCAAGAUCACUCUUAUCUCUCAAGAUCAAAGUGUUCAAAUAACAACGUUAGAAGAAGCACAAAAAUUAUCGAAAAGGAGAGAUUUGAAGUUGGUUAAAAUUAUUGAUUAUGAUACAAAAUCGCAAAGACCCAUUUAUAAAUUAAUGACACCAACUGAGUAUUUGAAUGAAGACUUAAAACAGAGGGAGAAAAAGAAGAUCGAUAAAGCUAAUUUGAGUAUCAAAGGUGAUAAGGUUUUAAUUUUAAGCUCAUCAAUUGCUCUUCAUGAUUUAAAGAUUCAAAUUGAAAAGAUUAUUAAGUGGGUUAAGAAAAGUUAUGAAGUUAGAGUUAUUAUUAAUGGAUUUAGUUCAAAUGCAGAAAAAGUUGAGAAUAUUUUUAAGACUUUAUCAGAACAAGUAGAAGGUCAAUGUAGAAUUGUACAAAAGCGUUCUAAAGGUAAUGAUAUGAAAUUUCAAGUUUUACCCCCAAAAAAAGAGAAAGAUAAUGAAAAUUCAUCAUGACUAUUAAGAUUUGGAGUGAGUACAGGAGUUUUGUUAGUUUUGGGUGUUAAAUAUUGUAUAUUUUAUCAGUUUUACUUCAAAGAUGAUAAUAAAAAAAAGAAACAAUAAA